AUGCUGUCCUCAACUCUUCGUUCGACAAUCAAGAAAUGCGCCAUUUCGACUACGGGAAUCCGACAAUUGAGCAAAACAGCCGGUUUGCUUAGUUCUCUUCGACCACUUGGACCAAAAGAUAAAUUGCCAGCCUUCAAAGGAACUGCGGUCGUGGACAAGGAGUUCAAGACGAUUGAGAACAAGGAUUAUCAUGGUAAAUGGAUCGUCUUCUUUUUCUACCCACUCGACUUCACUUUUGUGUGCCCGACGGAAAUCAUUGCCUUCUCGGAUCGGGCUAAUGAAUUCAAGGAGCUUGGAGCUCAGGUGAUCGCUUGUUCGUGUGAUUCCCACUUCUCGCAUCUUGCAUGGAUCAACACUCCAAGAAAAGAAGGAGGUCUUGGUGAUUUGGGCAUCCCAGUGGUUGGCGAUUUCAACAAGCAAAUUGCUCGCUCAUUCGGAGUUCUUGAUGAAGAAACGGGUCUUUCCUAUCGAGGUCUUUUCAUCAGUGAUCCUGAUGGCAAUAUUCGCUCCGUCACUUGCAAUGAUCUUCCGGUCGGUCGCUCCGUUGAUGAGACGCUUCGCUUGUUGAAGGCCUUCCAAUAUGUGGCAAAGCAUGGAGAGGCUUGUCCCGCUGAUUGGGAAGAGGAUUCGCCCACCAUCAAGCCAAGCGUUUCCGGCAGCAAGGAUUACUUCAAGAAGGUCAACAAA